AUGGGAAGAGGAAGUGAAAAUAGAUUCCAGAAAUACAAACCAGAUUUGAUUUGGUCGGAUGGAGAGUGGGAUGCUCCGGAGUCGUACUGGAAUUCUACCUCUUUCCUUGCCUGGCUUUAUAAUGAUAGUCCUGUCAAGGACACUGUUGUUGUGAAUGAUCGGUGGUGUAAUAAUUGCUCCUGCCAUCAUGGAGGCUACUACAACUGUGCUGACAAAUACAAACCAGGUACCCUGCUGACGCACAAGUGGGAGAUGUGCUCCUCUAUUGACAAGCUUUCCUGGGGGUAUCGAAGCAACAUGCACACUGAUGAGUUAAUGGAUGAAGCAAGUAUCAUUGAGGAGCUAGUGCAGACUGUGAGUUUUGGUGGCAACUACCUUCUCAAUGUGGGCCCUACAAAAGAAGGGGUGAUUGUUCCCAUCUUCCAAGAGAGACUUCUGGCACUUGGGAGGUGGCUGGACACUAACGGGGAGGCAAUUUAUGAAUCAAAGCCAUGGAGGGUGCAGAUGGAGAACAGCACAAACAGCGUCUGGUAAGGACUCCGUUGCUCAAUACCAUUCUGAAAC